AUGAGUUUUGGACUAAGGAGGCUUUUUGGCACUUCUAUAGUCAGGCCAUUUGGUUCCACACGAGCAGUGCUAAGGAAAUUUGCGGCUCAGGAGAUUCCAGAAGAUGCCGUUGACGAUUUCGAGGCUCUCUCGACAGAGGCCACCACAUUACCAUACGCAUACAGGCGAGAUGGCGAGACCUUUGGACAGUUAGUCCGGGAUUAUAACCACGAUUUGGAUCCCUCAGACAGUUCAGGUCCAACUGUAUAUGGAUUUGAUGACCAAACAGAGCAGGUUUCACCUUACCGUGAUCCAGUGACCGGACAGGUGCGAGACGGACUGACUGCCAAAGAUGCCAGAUUACACCCUCUAACUCGCGAGGCACGUGUGAACAGACAACAGAUUGAACUCCCAGCCGAAAUGGGAAAGGCGAUCAACAAUCACAUCUUGCUCUUGAGACAACCAAAGGUGUUGAGAGCCAAGGCAGCCGAGUACUAUGUCGAAUUGCGUGAACGGAAUCUCCACUUUGCAGCUGAGACAGAGGCAGAUGCAGAUGCACAUAUAGCAGCAGUGUUUCUACAGAACUAUGGCUCACUUUACCAGGUUUUGCACGAAUUACGGAAGCGGGUAGGAGAGGACAAGUUCAACCCACGCAGAGUGCUUGAUGUCGGUUACGGUCCUGCGACCGGAAUCGUUGCUUUAAACGAGAUCAUGGGCGAUUCCUUCGAACCAGAAGUUAAAGAUGCAGUUGUGGUGGGUCCUUACGAAAUGCUGAGACGUGCGAAGUUGAUUCUGAGUAGACAACUUGCUGAGUACAACGGGUUGGAAAUCAGCAAACAGGAGCUCGAAUCAAAGGUAGAGUCAGAGGACGAGGACAUGGAGUUUGUGGGUGAGGUGAUGACCAAAAAAAUCAAAAUCAAGACCAAGCUGUUGCAGGAUAUUCGGUCAAACGAGGACAGAAAGUAUGAUCUGAUUAUGGUCACCCACCAGCUGCUGGAGAGACAGAAGUUCUUUCCCGGUCAAGUGGACGAACGUGUUCACGAGUUUUUCAAGAGGCUUGCUCCCGGUGGCCACUUGGUAAUUGUGGAGAGAGGAAACCCUCUUGGGUUCGAGAUCAUUGCCAGAGCAAGACAGGUAGCUAUUCGUCCGGAAGACUCCAUCUCCAACAAAAAGAUACCCGCUCCUUACAAGAAAGGUGCUAUUGGACCUGAUUAUCAUUUGAGGGUGGUAGCACCAUGCUCGCACCAUGCUGUAUGUCCUUUGCAAGUAUCCAAGCCAGAGUACUACUCUUAUGGUGGUGUUGGAAAGAAGCUCUCUUUCUGCCAUUUCCAGACGGAGGUGGUUAGACCGAAGUUCACAAGUGAGCUGAAAAAAGGAUUACAAUUGGCAACCCCAUGGGCCACUCCUAUGGAUGGUAUUGGAAUCAAAGGUGAAGCAUCAGCCGGAAAGGGUAACCCCAAUGCGCGCACUUACGAGAGUGCUAAUUACAGUUAUCUUAUUUUGGAGAGAUCCGCAAACGACGAAGAGUCUCUGAGGAGGAUAGAAGACCAAAUUGAGAAAGAGGGCCAACAAAACUAUCCUGUUGGUUACAGUGGUGACACACCAGAUGAAUGGCCCAGGGUGAUGAGGGCCCCCAUGUGUAAGAAGGGUCUUGCCAUUGCUGAGGUGUGUGCUCCAUCUGGCAAUUUGGAAAAAUGGCAUAUUUCCAGGUCUUCGGGCAAACAAGAUUACCACGAUGCUAGAAAGCUGAAGGGUGGAGAUCUAUAUCCGUUAGGGGCCAAGUCCAAGAUUCUGUCCAACAAGAACAGUGAUAACUAUUCCGAGCAGCUCCAGAGGAAGGAGAAAAGUUACAAGAAGGUGGUGAAAAAGGCCAAGAAGGAUGUUGCACACGAGCGAAAGGUACAGCUUUAUGAGGCCCAAAAGAUAAUCGAUGAGGAGAAAAGGGCCGAGCAUAUGGCCAAGGUAUUGGACCAGGAAUUCAUGAGUCAACCAUCUAUGAAGAAGAGGGAUCCUAAAGUAUACAAAUAUUAG